CCAAACAGCGACCAAAGUGGAUUAUUCAACCAAUAACGGACCAUGGGAGAAAAACCCUGCUGCGGUUGCGACCUCAUCAGCAGGAGGCGGAAGUGCUGGCAACAACACAGGAAACACCGGAAACGCAAAUCAAAGUCAUAGCACCACAGUAACUACUAACAGCAGCACUAGCAAUGCUCUUCCGACCGGAAGUGGUGCAGGUGGUGGAGUCUCCACUGCCGCGGCUCCCUCAGCACAAUCGACGCUGAAAAGCACACAUCACCAACUAAUGCAACAACUGCAGCAACAGCAUCAACAUCAGCACCAUCAACGUCAAUUGCAGCAUCAACACAGCAUUGCAGCUGUGGGAGUGGGCGGUGUUGGUGGCCAUUCACAUUCCCAUUCGCAUGCUCCGCGUCAACUAACCCAUCAACAUUCACACCCACCCCUACAGCAUUCGAAUGUUGUGGGUGGGGGUGUUGCCAACAUUGUGCUUCCUUCGACCACCACCACUACGGCUGCUGUGGCCAACAACACGGUCCAACAGCAGCAGCAACAACAACAACAACAACAACAGCUUCAUCACCACACACAUCAGCAACAUGCAGUGCAUCAACAUCAACAUCAACACCAGCAUCAGCAUCAACACCAUCAUCACCCACCGCUACAACAUCACGUGUCGCUGAAUCUCAGUAGCAGCGGCGGUGUUGUCAACAUGACCUCUUCCAGUGGCCUGGUUGGCUCUUCCUCGGCAACGUUGCAUCGAUGUCAAGCCUCGAAUGCCAAUACAACAUCAGCAGCAUCAUCUACGGUGGCAGCGAUUACUUUGCCCCCCUCUGUUAAAGUUACUACGGCUCAUCAUCAUCAUGGGCGGCAUCAUUUGACUCCUCAGCAUAGGUCAUUGUCGCAACAGCAUGCAGUGGCCACGCUGCGUCGCCGCACUUUGAGUCAUGUGCCACGUUCCUACUCAGCCUCGGCAGCCACCUCGUCGGCCAACUCCACGGGUGGCAGUGGCGCUCAGGUGUCAACAGGUGGCGGUGGUGGUGGUGGUCUAACAAAAGCUCUCAUAUCGGCUAAAAAUGAGUUAAUAGGAAACAAUAGUGGUGGCGGCGGAGGCGCAACAAGUGCUGGCAGUAGCAGUGGUGGUGGUGUUGGUGAUCGCUCACGAUGUCGGUCACCAAUGAUGUUGUGCCAUUCGCACAGUGAUGGUGAAUUUCCUAUGUAUAAAGCUAAAAAACAAAACGGUGCUGCAUUGCGUACAAAUAGUUUAGGUUCUGGUACACGCACACCACCUUUGGAGCGUAAAAGUAAAUUUAGCGCUUUGGGACGUUUCUUCAAACCUUGGAAAUGGCGGCGGAAAAAGAAAAGCGAAAAAUUCGAAGCAGCCUCAAAGUCCCUUGAACGCAAAAUAUCAGUACGUGCCAAUCGUGAAGAACUUGUUCAAAAAGGUAUUUUACUACCAGAAAGCCCACUGGGGAACAUACAAGAACCAGGUGAGGAUUCUUAUUUCAAUGAUUCAACCGCCGUUAAUAAUUCAACUGCAAAUGGCUCGAUAUUGUCAUCAGCCGUCCAAAGCAAUUCCAUUUUAGCCAAUGCCUCCUCCUCAGGUAAUGGUGGUAGUACUAGUAUUAGUUCUGCUCAGCAGCAGCAACAGUUAUCACAGCACCAGCCGCAACAGCAACAGCAACAGCAACAGCAAUCACAUCAGCAUCAACUAUCGCUGGGAAAUAAUUCUUUAAAUGCGAAGCAACAAUUUCACAGCAAUGCAAUGCAUAAUGGCAGUGGUGGUGGUGGCGGCAGUUUUAGUGGUGAAACUGCUACCGCUGCGGCCAAUGUCUCCUUUGGCGGCACUCUGCCCAAGACUAAGACAAAUAACAACAACACAAUUGCCGGAAAUGCAAGUGAGACGAUUUCACUUGGCAAUGGUGGCGGUGGUGGAGGCCAUGCGCCACACUCUCCCUCAUUGGGUGCCAUACAAAUAACCCCAGCACCAUUGACCCCCUUGGCCCAGCAUCAUCAGGCGUUGGCGCAACAGUUGCAACAACGAUUUGCCAUCAGCAAUAAUAAUGAACCCAGAAAAGACAAGACUGAUGCACAGCACGGUGGUAAUGGUACCCUGUCCCCAAAUACCGAACAGCCACCAUGUCAGGGCUCCAUGUUGCCUCCACCAGGGGGCGGCAGUGGAGGCUCUCAGCAGAAUCACUCGCAUAUGGUUAGUGGCCGUGAUCAACAUGAUUCCCAUACACAAAAUUCCAAAAUGGAAAGACCCAAUACACUGGGCACCAAUAAAUUAGCCAGGCGUGUCAACGUCUGCUAUGAACACUAUCCUGAUGGUUCUUCGGGAAAUUCCAUGAUGGGUGGGCCACCGGGCAGUACGCCACCCCCAUACGCUGAUGCAUCGGGCCACCAUCAUCAUGGCGGCAAAAUGGUUGGCAAUGUUAUGCUAUCCGAAUUGCCGGAACCUCCUAUACCGCUGUCAGAGAUUGGCCCCAUCCCACCGCCUCCCAUGUUUUCGACGCCAUCGCCAACAUUGGUGGCUGGACGACCGCAUGGCCCGGGCGCUGUCAAUGAUAAAGAUUAUCAGCCAUAUGAUGAUUAUGAUAAUGAUCACGAUCACGAUGAUAACGAUUCUGAUAUUGAUUAUAAUUAUCAACAUUAUCCAAAUCAUAUCGAUACACAACGCAUUGAGGAAAUUCCAGCCAAAGAGCCCAAACCAAAUGCAGUUCCUCUCAAAUCGGCCCUCAAAAAGAAGCCCGGCCACAAUGUCAACUCAUCGUCAUCGCCGGCCACGCCCAUACAGGAUCACACAAAUGCCAAUGGCAGUUUGCCCCAGGGCAUGGGUGGUGGCGGUGGCGGCGGCGGUGGGGGCAGCAGUGGCAACAAUGCCUCACAUACCUCGACCAGUCAUCAGCGUCCAUUGGUGGUGAGGCAGGAUGCUACCAAUAGUUAUAAUUUAAAGCCCAUACUACGACCACGGAUUAGAAUAUGUAGGCAACAAAUGUUUAAUAUUAAUCUACCAUGCACCAUGGAGAACAAGGAGAACACACGGCCAUUUGUGAUACGUGAAAACAGUAGUGAUAGCAGCGAUGAUGAUGCUUCACGCAUUCUUUAUCGCGACGAUGAUACAUCACGUCAGGCGAAAAUUGCACGCAAGGAGUCCUUGUCGCUGAAGCUGCAAUUGCGUCCCGACAAACAGGAUCUGAUCAAUCGUAAUAUCUUGCAUCCAGUUAACGAUAAUGAUGUCAAAGAAUCCAAGGAAGCCAUAGGAGCUCGUUUAAUACGACGUCUGUCGAUGAGACCGACAGCCGAUGAAUUGGUGGAACGUAACAUAUUGAAGACACAAACACCCGCCGAAGAGAAAAAACAAAAAGAAGAAAAGAAAUCAUAUUUAUUGCGUAAAUUAAGUUUUCGACCCACCGUCGAGGAGCUUAAGGAAAAGAAAAUUAUCCGUUUCAAUGAUUAUAUUGAAGUGACUCAGGCCCACGACUAUGAUCGUCGAGCUGAUAAGCCAUGGACAAGACUGACACCAAAGGAUAAGGCUGCCAUACGCAAAGAAUUGAAUGAAUUUAAAUCAUCCGAGAUGGCAGUACACGAGGGUAGUCGGCAUUUAACAAGGUUCCAUAGGCCAUGACAAUUGCAAUGGCAGCAAAAAAUUACGAUUAAAACUCCAUACCCAACAAAAUUUUGUGCAACAAAAUAUAAAAAAUUUUAAAGAAAACAAAAAUCCAUUAAACUUAAGAAAGUCAACAAAAACAAAAAAAGAAAAAAACUUAUCAAAAAAAAUUGUAAAAUUUUGAAAAAUUUAACAAAAAAAAAACAAACUCUGCGCAUUCAACAGCGAAGGAAAUAACAACUCAACAUUGUUUAAAAAAAAAAUGCUAAACCUUAAACAAAGAAAGAAAUAUUUAAGAUAAACAAAACCAACAACAACAACAUUUUGGGGUUUCAACAGCAACAACUCAGCAGCAGUAGCAAAUGCAAAAGCAAAAGCAAAACAACAACAACCACAUCAAACAACACUAGAAGACGUAUUAAAGUGUAAAAAAUGUUGUCCACCACGGUAGCAACGACGACAACGACGGCUUAGCAACAGGACCAAAGCAAUUGGAAUGGCUGCAACCCCACAUCAGCUGUCAGUGUCAGCACCCUUUAAGGAUCUUUGGAGGCGUUUUUAUUAAUAGGCAUUGGGCAAUACCAAGUGGAUUUUGUAUGAUUACGAUUAUAGUACGAUAUGUAUUUAUUUAAAGCAUAACAAAACAAAAAAAGUUUUAUAAAUAUUCGAUGUAAUUGUUACAAAAAAAGAAGAGAAUUUUUUUGCCAAUAGUUUGUUUACGUUUACGGUUUUUUGUGCAUUUUACCAUUUUAGUUUGGUAAUUGGAUCGACAAAAAGGACAUACCCACAUGCAUACAUAAUAACUUACAUACCACACACAUGCAUACCUACAUACAUACAUACAUACAUACAUAUAUGUAAUACCUUUGUUUGUGUAUCAAUAAAGCAAUACAAGAAAAACAGAA